CCGUGGUCUGUCCCUCCGGCGUCGGAAGGGUCGCCGCGCCUGUAGCUUGGAAAAUUUUGCGCUAGCACUGGGGUUGAUGCGCACAGCGCUGGGAAGCGAACGAAAUGAGUCAGCUUAUCGCUUAUCGCUCCCCACAGCGGCCGAUCAACCUUCUUUUUUCUGGCCCGGGGAUCGCGAUCCCGACUUUUGUCAUAAAUCCUAUCUCCAACCUCGAUCAACCGCUGCACUAACCCCCAAAGUGGCCGGGACGGCACGCGACACUGUCAAUUGACCAACACGAAGGACUGGAGUGCAGCCUGCGACCUUGACGCGGGUUUCUGACUGAACGAGACGCCGCUCCGCUUCCGCAAUCGCUUCGAGUUUCCCUCCGAAUAAUGCUGUCGGCCGUGUACAAGGCGGGCCGCGCUCCUGCCGUCCUCCGUCAUGGUCGCCGCGUCCCAGUCACGUCCUCGCAGCUGAGCACCCUGGCUGCGAGCUCGCAGAACGUCCUCUUCCGCACGCAGACUCAGAGCCCUAGUGCCAGGUUGAGCCAAAAACGGCUUCUUUCCGCCUCCAGGGUCCUGGCGAGCGCCGGGGCUGCGCAACCCGCCCCGGAUCCCAAGGCCUAUCUCUCGAGCGGAGUGGUGAAGCCCAAGGAUAUCAUCGAUGUCAAGAAAGUCCUCGUCAUUGGCAGUGGUGGCCUUGCCAUUGGCCAAGCUGGAGAGUUCGACUACUCCGGAUCGCAAGCUCUCAAGGCCCUCAAGGAGGCCGGCGUUGCCUCUGUCCUCAUCAACCCCAACAUCGCGACCAUCCAGACGAACCACACUCUUGCCGACGAGGUCUACUACCUUCCCGUCACCCCAGAGUACGUCGAGUACGUGAUUCAGAGGGAAAAGCCCGAUGGCAUCUUCCUGUCCUUUGGUGGCCAGACCGCCCUCAACUUGGGUGUGCAGAUGCAGAGGAUGGGCCUGUUCGAGAAGUACGGCGUCAGGGUCCUUGGCACCAGCGUCAGGACACUAGAGCUCAGUGAAGACCGCGAUCUGUUUGCGAAAGCGCUCGAGGAGAUCAACAUCCCUAUCGCCAAGUCCAUCGCCGUCAACACGGUCGACGAGGCUCUCGAAGCCGCCUCCAAGGUCGGAUACCCCAUCAUCGUUCGUGCUGCCUACGCGCUCGGCGGUCUGGGGUCCGGUUUCGCAAACAACGAGGAGGAGCUUCGCAACAUGGCUGCCCGGUCGCUCACCCUUUCGCCUCAGAUCUUGGUCGAGAAGUCGCUCAAGGGCUGGAAGGAAGUCGAGUAUGAGGUGGUCCGUGAUGCGAACAACAACUGCAUCACGGUGUGCAACAUGGAGAACUUUGACCCCUUGGGCAUCCACACUGGUGACUCGAUCGUCGUUGCGCCCAGCCAGACCCUGAGCGACGAAGAGUAUCACAUGCUCCGGUCCGCCGCCAUCAAGAUCGUUCGGCACCUGGGCGUCGUUGGCGAGUGCAAUGUCCAGUACGCGCUGCAGCCCGAUGGCCUCGAUUACAGAGUCAUCGAGGUCAACGCUCGCCUUUCGCGUUCCUCUGCCUUGGCUUCCAAGGCGACCGGGUAUCCCUUGGCCUACACCGCGGCCAAGAUCGGUCUGGGCCACAGCCUGCCCGAGCUCCCGAAUGCCGUGACCAAGACGACGACUGCCAACUUCGAGCCGUCGCUCGAUUACAUCGUUACCAAGAUUCCCAGGUGGGAUCUGUCCAAAUUCCAGCAUGUGAAGCGGGACAUUGGCAGCGCCAUGAAGUCUGUGGGCGAGGUCAUGGCUAUCGGCCGUACCUUUGAGGAGUCCUUCCAAAAGGCCAUCAGGCAGGUCGACCCCAGGUUCGUCGGCUUCCAGGGCGAGAAGUUCGCGGACCUCGAUUACGAGCUCCAGAACCCCACCGACCGCCGCUGGCUGGCCGUCGGUCAGGCCAUGCUCCACGAGAACUACUCUGUCGACCGCGUUCACGAACUGACCAAGAUCGACAAGUGGUUCCUGUACAAGUUGCAGAACAUUGUGGACUGCACCAAGGAGCUGCAGCAGAUUGGCAACCUCCGCGGGCUCAAGAAGGAGCACAUCCUCAAGGCCAAGAAGAUGGGCUUCUCGGACAAGCAGAUUGCCCUGGCUGUCAACAGCACCGAGGACGAGGUCCGUGCUCGUAGGUUGGAGUUUGGCAUCCGCCCGUGGGUGAAGAAGAUUGAUACCCUCGCGGCCGAGUUCCCGGCCGACACGAACUACCUGUACACCACCUACAACGCAUCCUCUCACGAUGUGACCUUCGAGGACAAGGGCACCGUGAUUCUGGGUAGCGGUGUCUACCGUAUUGGCAGCUCUGUCGAGUUCGACUGGUGUGCUGUUAGCGCCACUCAGGCUCUGAGGCAGAUGGGUGAGAAGACGGUUAUGAUCAACUACAACCCCGAGACGUACAGCACCGAUUUCGAUACUGCUGACAAGCUCUACUUCGAGGAGCUGAGCUACGAGCGUGUCAUGGAUAUCUAUGAGCUCGAGAACGCAAGCGGUGUCGUUGUCUCUGUCGGCGGCCAGCUGCCUCAGAACAUCGCACUGCGGCUCCAGGAGACCGGCGGUGCCAAGGUCCUCGGAACGGAUCCCCGCAACAUUGACAAGGCUGAGGACAGGCAGAAGUUCUCCGAGAUUCUCGACAGCAUUGGCGUUGACCAGCCGGCGUGGAAGGAGCUCACCUCGGUCAAGGCUGCCGAGGAGUUUGCCGAGGAGGUUGGCUACCCAGUCCUUGUUCGUCCCAGCUACGUCCUGUCCGGCGCCGCCAUGACGGUCAUUCGCAGCAAGGACGAGCUCAAGGACAAGCUGGAGGCGGCUGCCAACGUCUCGCCCGACCACCCCGUGGUCAUCAGCAAGUUCAUCGAGGGUGCCGAAGAGAUCGACCUGGACGGUGUCGCAUCGCAGGGCAAGCUGAUCGUUCACGCCAUCAGCGAGCAUGUCGAACAGGCCGGUGUGCACUCCGGCGAUGCCACCCUGGUCCUUCCGCCUGCCAAGCUGGACCAGAAGACGAUGGAGCGCAUCAAGGAGAUAGCCCAGAAGAUUGCCCAGGCCCUGGAGAUCACCGGCCCUUUCAACAUGCAGAUCAUCAAGGUGGAUGAUCCCGCAGGCGGCCCCCCGGCGCUGAAGGUCAUUGAGUGCAACCUGCGCGCGUCGCGGUCCUUCCCCUUCGUCAGCAAGGUCCUCGGCACCAACUUCAUCGACGUUGCUACCAAGGCCCUCGUCGGCAAGAACGUACCUGAGCCGACCGACCUGAUGGCCGUCAAGCGCGACUACUUGGCGACCAAGGUGCCGCAGUUCUCGUGGACUCGCCUGGCUGGUGCUGAUCCCUUCCUCGGCGUCGAGAUGGCGUCGACCGGUGAGAUGGCCUGCUUCGGCAAAGAUCUGGUCGAGGCCUACUGGUCUUCGCUCCAGUCGGCCAUGAACUUCCGCGUCCCCGAGCCGGGCGAGGGUAUCCUCUUCGGCGGUGAGCUGAGCAAGCCCUGGCUCACCACUGUCGUCGACUACCUCGCUCCUCUCGGCUACAAGCUGUAUGCCGCCGACCAGGAGGUCAAGCAGUUCCUCGAGUCGACGAGCAAGCACAAGAUCAACGUCGACGUGAUUGAGUUCCCGACCGAAGAUAAGCGUGCCCUCCGCGAGGUCUUCAAGAAGUACGACAUCAGGGGCGUCUUCAACCUGGCCCAGGCCCGUGGCAAGACUAUCAUGGACGUCGACUACGUCAUGCGCCGCAACGCCGUCGACUUUGGUGUCCCGCUGUUUAUGGAACCUCAGACUGCCAUGCUCUUUGCUCAGUGCAUGAGCGAGAAACUACCUCGCCCGGAGGGUAUUCCCUCCGAAGUGCGCAGGUGGUCUGAGUUCAUUGGCGGCAAGCCCUUGUAAAUAUCAUUGCAAUGAUACCUUUCUAUCCGACCAUAUAUGGUUUUGGAGUUCUCUCAAAAAGAUAAAAAGGAACGACUUAAGGGGCGUUUGGAGCGGUUUCUGGAUUUUUUUUUUCUUCAGCGCGGACGGGUGGGCAUUUCUGGUCAUAUUGUCUCUCUGCUUAGGUUCGACAAGCCCAGCAACGGAUCAAAGCUUGGAAGGACUCUCGUCCGCUUCUUGUCCUAGGUACUGCAGGUCCACUCGUGACAGGUCAAUUUUCGCUAUACGAUGUCCGUGGCUAGCGGAAGGCGGACUCUCCAUGUUGCCCCUGCGACACUUCUGACGCUCUUUGGAUGUACCGGUCCCUCACCCGAGUCAAAAAGCCACCACCAUCGUUCUGUAUCAUCGUCUAUUUCCCAGGGAUAACCUAACUCCAGAUCCGCAGUAGAUCAGUCCACCCCC